AAACUUUUGAAUUAGAAAAUCUGACCUUUCAGUGCCAUUAAAGGGUCCUUAGUCUAGGGCAGGUUGUUUUAAUCUACCCGAAACUCAGCGCCUUCACCUGUAAAAUGGGGUUUAUGAUACCAUCUGUCACUGAGUUUUUUGUAAGGAGUUGACAUGGUUUAGAUCUCUGUCGAAAUGUGUUCUUUUAAGAAACAUGGGGUAUGUUUCUUCCUGGUGGAAUGUCGUCAAAUCUUGAUGGAUAAAAUAAAGCAGACAUAAUUCAUCACUAGAAAGAUUAAUUAUACGCUGGCAUUUGAAAUGCUUUGUAUUUAGAAUAACAGUAAAAAUGGAAAAAGGGAAAGUAAAUGAUGAUGGAAAACCAGAUACAGAAAAUUCCUUGGACUUUUCUGAACACUUUAACCAACUUGAAUUGUUGGAAACGCAUGGACACCUUAUUCCCACUGGUACCCAAAGUCUCUGGGUAGGGAAUUCUGACGAAGAUGAGGAGCAAGAUGAAAAAACUGAAGAGUGGUAUCAAUUGCAAGAAAAAAAAAUGGAAAAAGAUCCAAGCAAAUUGCUUCUUUGGGCUGCUGAAAGAAAUCGGCUUACUACGGUGCGGAGACUACUUUCUGAAAAGUCCACUCACGUGAACACUAGAGAUGAAGAUGAGUAUACCCCUCUUCAUCGAGCAGCCUACAGUGGACACUUAGAUGUUGUGCGUGAGCUGAUCGCACAAGGGGCAGAUGUCCACGCGGUGACUGUGGAUGGCUGGACACCCCUGCACAGUGCUUGUAAGUGGAAUAAUACCAGAGUAGCUUCUUUCUUACUCCAGCAUGACGCAGAUAUUAACGCCCAAACAAAAGGCCUCUUGACCCCCUUACAUCUUGCUGCCGGGAACAGAGACAGCAAAGAUACCCUAGAACUCCUCCUGAUGAACCGCUACAUCAAACCAGGCCUGAAAAACAACUUGGAAGAGACCGCAUUUGAUAUCGCCCGGAGGACAAGCGUCUAUCACUACCUCUUUGAAAUUGUGGAAGGCUGCACAAAUUCUUCACCUCAAUCAUAACGGUUCUAAUAAUUUUCCAAGUACCAGUGCCUCCUUUGUGUGAGAUAUGAAAUAUCCCCAUGAUACAGAAUUGACAUCAAAAAGUUUCACUGCAGACAUUCAGUGGUACACAUUCGAACACCCUUCCGAGUGAAAAUGCCUACCGUUGAUGUCAAAAUGUGUUUGAAAGUUGUUUGGAUGUAUCUUUACUGAUUUAUGUGGAGUUUGUAAUUUUUAUCAGAAAUAAUUUUAACUUCUACUUAAAAACUUGUAACGGGUUGUACAGAAAACUAAUGAUAUUUUUGGUGCUGA